CACAUUCGCUGAGUUACUCACUAAGCUCGACGUUAUAUCCGUCUAUCCGCUUCAGUUUCAGUUGUAGUUGGUACGUAGUUGGUUUACUUGGUUGUUUCUGGUGUGUGCAAGGCUAGGUUUUGUGUGUGUGGGCUGUGUGACAAGAACGAAAACAAGACGGUGAAGUCGUCAUACUUAAUGGUUGUGGAUUAAUCGCGAGCAGGAUGAAUAAAUUGACGGUUAUUGUUCAUUGUCUCGUUGUGUUUGGGUUCGUGUGCGUCGUUGCAGAGGAUGUACAACAUGCAAUUCCACCUGAAAUCACCUCCCUUUCACAAACAAAACCAACCCAAGAAGAAAAAACAGCAAUCGCUAAAACCGAAAUGAAAAUCAGCGACUAUGUCCGCUCCAUCCUAAAACACUACAAACAAAAAGACCCCAUAGGUCUCCCCGUGGCACCCAUCCCUGACCCGAUGAGUAUCCCACCCCUAAGCCACUCUUUCACCAUCGGUAAGAUGAACAUGCAGAACGUGCUCCUCAACGGUCUCUCAAAGUUCCGCAUACAUCACAUCAACGUCGACCUGCAAGCAAUGCAAUGUGAAGCGGCCUUGACCAUCGAGAGCCUAAUCGUCACCGGCAACUACACCCUCAGCACAUGGUUAUCCCGCUACAAUGGCCCAUUCACUGUAAAGUUAAAAAACGUCUUCGUCCAGGCCAUAUCCCGCUUGGAAGUCGAACAGAAUGGACAACUAGAAGCCCAAGAAAUGAAAAUGGACAUCACUUUUAAACAUAUAGACAUGAAUUUUGAAGGUCUUGGAAUGUUUGCUAGUAUGUUCCAAGGGAUUAUCAACUCUGUGGGAACAUUUGUUUUCGAUUCGAUUAAACCCUUCGUUUUGAAGGAAGCGAAUACUAAUCUACGAAAAGAUAUGAAUGAGCAAGUGCAUAAGAUUCCACAGAAUUUCACUAAUUCAAUUUCACCAUUAGAUCAGAUCUUGAUUGAGGUUAGGAAAAAGAUUCGGACGAUGAAUUAUGAUCCGUAUAAAAUUAACGAUUACAAUAAAACUGCUGGGUUAUUGAGUGUACAAAUGACAAAUACGUGGAUAACUGGUUUGUCAUCGAUUCAUAGAGUGGGUAAUAUCACUUUUGGAGUUAGGAAUAAUACAGUUACUGUUGAUAUUGGUGUGGGAACACAGAAAUUGGAAGGGAGUAGUGCUUGGGAGAUAUCUUUAGGAGCUGGGAUGUUGUCUAGGGCAGGAUUGUUGGUAUUUACUGUGGAAUAUCUUAAGGUGCAAGUCGUGGUUAGUCAAUCGUUAGACACACGCAAUUCACCGGAACUUGAAGAUAUCCAGCUGGAAUUGGGUAAUAUUCAAGUGCGUUGCAACGGUGCAGGAACACUGGAUUAUGUUGUGGAGGCGGCUGUGAAUGUCCUGCCGAAUAUUUUGCGUUAUCAGAUCAUGGACGCGCUGGAGUCGCCCAUCAAGAUGCGCGUGCAAGAAGAAUUGAACGCCAUCAACGUCGAGCAGCUCAUCGAGGAGAAUUUGGCGACGUUGGAUGAACAGCAGAAGAACGGAUUCGCCGGAAUGCUAUGACCGCCUCUGCCGCCUCUGCGCCGCGCCGGAAAUUUAUCGCCCGAGUUAAAUUACAUUACGAUAAUUUAUACUACGAGUUAAACGCUUGAUAGUGUGUAUUUAAUUAUUAAACUGUUGCUAUUUCCAUAAUUUCUCACAUUCCCGGGGCUGCAAUGAAUGCAUACCAGCGAUUGUGACUCCGAAAACACUUGCAAAAUGGCGGCGUGAUGUUAUAAAUAAUAUAAAAUGAUUUUAUUUCGUU